GUGAACCACGACGAGCGAUCACACUCAGCCACUCAGUUCGAGUUGAAACGUUGACGAAAUCGGUCGCUUUUUCAAAUUACUUGUGCCGUCACCAGAGAAAAUCACACAUUCAAUAAAGUGAAUUUUUGAAACCAGCUCAAAUAUACAAAUACGGAAGAGGAACAUACAAUUCUACCAAGUUCCCACUGAAUUAUUCAAUAUAUGGACUAUUCUGAUAAAAAAGAAAUCAACACAAGUGUAGAUGUGAACACUAUUAAUUGAAAAGUGAAUUUAUUGAAAAUAUUUGAAGAGAAAAAAAAACUGAUCAACAAAUUAUCAGCGAGAAAAAUAGAAAAAAGUUGAAAAAAUUGAUUUCGACGAAUAUUUUGUGAAUAAAAUGGUCGUUUUAGAAACAGCAGGCACAAUGGUUACCAUCGGUAACACACAAUAUUUACAACCGGAUUAUUUAUCACCACUUCCAACUACGUUGGACGCAAAGAAAAGCCCAUUGGCGCUAUUAGCCCAAACAUGCAGUCAAAUUGGUGCUGAUACAGCAGCAAUAAAACCAAGCUCUGGAUCGUUGGAUAAAAAUAAAAAAUCAGACUCAACAUCAAAAUCACCAUCGACCAUAUCGAAAACACCACGAUCAAACACAUCACCGCAAGAGGUGCGUCCAUUAGCAUUCAAGCCAUACGAAUUAAAUGUGCUGACACGAAGCGGUGACCAACCAUCAUCCGAUCGACCAUCAUCAAAAGCCAGUAGUACAAAUGGAAGUGUUUAUGAUGAGAAAACAAAACAAAGUGCCCGUGUGCCAUCGCGUAGCAAAACAAAUAGCUCGCCAAUCGAAUUAAGUGCAGUGAACAAUAACAAUAACAGCCGUGAAACAAAAUCAGAAAGUGGCAGUGGUGGUAAACAAACGCCAAACAACGGUUCCGAACGCAAAUCAACAUCACCAAGUGGAUCACAACGUGGCAACAGUCCAAUCAUUCGAUCCGGAUUGGAAGUAUUGCACGGUCAUUCAUCAAAUGGUGCAUUCAAACCGAAUGCAUUCGGUUUGAAUCCAUUGGCUGCAUUGUGUUGCCCACCCGGUAUGGAACAACAUGCAACAAAUCCAGCAUUUCGUCCACCAUUCGGAAAUGGAUUUGCCCAUCAUCAUGCCGCUAUGUUGGCCGCAGCCGCUAGCUAUCCACCAAAUACACAAAAUCCAUACAUUAGUUAUACACGCAUCAAGACUCCAUCAGGUGGCGAAACAAUUGUACCGAUUUGCAAGGAUCCAUACUGCACCGGUUGCCAAUUCUCGCAACACAAUCAACAAAUGAUGUUGGGCAUCCCAUGUCCAGCCGGAUGCACACAGUGCGAACAACAAAAAUAUGGUUUGGCCAUGGCAAUGUCGGGUCUACAGCCAAAUCAUCCAUACGCCGCACCCGUCGAUCGACCAUAUCUGUGCACAUGGAUCGUUGCCGAAGGAUACUGUGGAAAACGUUGCUCGUCGUCCGAAGAAUUGGUUCAACAUUUACGAACACAUACACCAAACUUAUCCGACCCAACAGCAACCGCCGUUUUAAUGCAAGCCCAACAAAGAGCACUCGCUUCAAUGCAUCCAUUCGGUUCACUAUCGCUUGCAUCAUCAUUGCAUCGUGGCUAUCCAACUGGACCACAAUUGAGCCCACUAUCAUCGGCCGCUCGUUAUCAUCCAUACGCAAAACCAAGUGCCGCUGCAUCGGCCACCCUGCCCGGUUCACCUUAUGCAACAUUCAAUCCAGCUGCAUUGAACAAUCCAUACUAUUCACCGUACGCUUUGUAUUCACAACGACUCAAUGCAGCUGCCGCCGCUGCAGCCAUCAAUCAACCUUAAGAGAGAAAUCACAGCGCAGCCCAAAACUCAACCGUUUCUUUUUUUCUUUCUUCAUUUCAAUCAUUUUGAAGCACCUAGUGAACACAUACACAAAAGUAAUCAGUUUUCAAAGCAAACAUACACAUUACGAAUUCAAUUAGUCGAGAUAUUCGUGACACAUUUUUUCAAUAUGAAUUAUUUUGUCCGGUUUCUCUCUGAAAUGAAAACGAAAAAGAAAAAAAAAAAACUUACAUUUGUAAAGUCUAUUCUGUGAUAUUAUCGAUUUGUUUUAAAAAUGACAAAAGAAAAAGAAAAUGAUGAUGAUGACGAAUGUUUCAAGGAUUUCAAGCCGAUAAAGAGCAGAGUUCAAUGAUAGUUUAGUGAAUAGAAAAUGAGCAAAAGAAUUUUAAGUAGGCAAAGGAGAAGAAGAAGAAGUUUUCACCAAAUAUUUAAUUUUCAUUUUAUUUUGAGUUUUGAUCGAUUUAGCGAAGUCAAUUUAUCUCAAUUUUUUAUUCAGUGCGUUUAAGUUUUGUUUUUAAAUAGAUUUGAAAUUGCAAGAGGCGAGCGUGUUUGCUCAUUUUUACCACACACACACACAUACACACACCAUCAGAGUUCACAUGAUUGCAAUGGAAUAAUACAAAUAAAAGUAAAUAUUAUUGUAAAUAAAAUAAAAGAAAGAAAACUUGUCGAAAAAAAGCAAAAUGAAAAACAAAAAUAGUUUUUAUUAAGAUUUAACGUUCUCUUUUUAAGUUGUAUAUGUAUGAUAAUUGUAUAUGGAAUAUUGCUGUAAUAAUAACUGACUUAAUGAUGAAAUUCGAUUAAUUUAAAAGAAAAAUACACAUAUAAACCCCAACCAAAUGGAUUUAAUUAUGAAUACGAAAAAGAUAAAGAAAAAACCGAAUAAUAAAAGCAAAAUAACGUGAAGAUAUACACAAAAAAUUAAA